AUGUGCUUAGACCGCUUCCCAGGAAGUGCUAGAAGUCGUAACGAUUGCAUGCAGAUAUCUCGUGACAAGAAGAUCUCAAAUUGCUGCAAUGGUUAUGUGACUGCCCGUCACCAGCAUCCUAGCUCUCGUCAUGAGCAGUUCUCUGAUACGAUAUUCUGGACAAUAAAACUGGUGUUUCGUCAGGAGCAAGGAGAAGGGCCAGAAAGGGCGAUUAUUGAGUAUGAGCAUACAGUGAACAACAUACCGGAAAGCAUAUCGGUGGCAACACUUCUUCGACAGUUUAUUAAGCCAAAAAAGGUUGGACCAGUUGUUAGUGAAUCAGAUCUCGAUGCUGAAAAAUUGUUACCGUUCCAGAAAGCGGGUAUUGAGCAGCUUAUGGUCUAUAUGCCAGUUCCUUUGGACGGAAAGCAACGUUUUUAUGUGAUCGAUCCAUCAAAAACAAUUUUGGAUAAUACUCGUAACCGUUACAUUCUGGAGCAUCCAACUCUCAUUGUAACAUUGAACAGCCAGUUCGGUGACUACGUGAUGCUCAGUGAGCAAGAAUCACAGGAACUACGAGAGUUGCAGCGGCAGAAAAAUAGGGACGAAAAUGCUAAUGUUCGAUUUAACAACGUAUGGUUCAUCUUAUUUCUCUGGAGUCAGGAAGAUCAUAAACUUGCAAAGCUGCUCCUCUUUCAAAAAUCCGCCGAAACGGAUUUCCAUACGAACUGA